AAUGACUACUUAUUUUUCAUCCACUUUUCUUCUACUUGACCAUCUUUUUGCCUUUGGGGUCCUCCUUCAACUUUUUGCUGCUGGGGGACCCUUCUUUUUUGUUUUUCCUCUGGGACUUUCAGCUUUCUUUUUAUCAAAUUUUGUUUCAUGAACAUAUAUAUCAUCACAAAUCGCCACCUAUUCUGGUGCAUUCUGUUGUUUCACAAAUUUUGAAUUCUUGUAUUGCUUCCGAUUUAUAAAACCCACGGCUUGAUAAAAUUCAAUUUGUUUGAAUACAUACCAUCUUACUACAUUGAAUAGUUUUAUAUUUGCCGUGUGAGAAAAUUUUGUAGAGCAGGCCAUUCUUUUUGCAUGUAGAUAUGAAUUGCUUCCCUUGUUUUGAUAGUAAGAAAUCAGACACUGAAGAAGAAUGCGAGGAGGGGCAGUUGCCUGUAGCUCAACCAAAGGAGCCAUUGUUACCAUCACAUUCCUAUGAGAACAAACAAACUGUAGACACAAGUAAAAUUGCAGCGAAAGCUUAUACACUUAGAGAAAUGGCCAUUGCGACUAAAAAUUUCAGACAAGAAUGCCUGAUGUUUGAUGAUGGAUUUGGAAAAGUUUAUAAAGGGACACUUAAACCAAGUGGAGAGGUUGUGGCUAUUAAACAACUGGACAGAAAUGGAAUGAAAGGAGGCAAGGAAUUUCUUGAGGAAGUAGCAGCCUUAAGUCCUCUCAAGCACCCAAAUCUAAUAAAUCUACUUGGCUAUUGUGCCGAUGGAGAUCAGAGAAUUUUAGUGUACGAGCACAUGCCAUUCGGUUCCCUUGAAGCUCAUCUCCUAGCCAGACCAGCAGAUGAAAGUCCAUUAGAUUGGGCAACAAGGAUGAAAAUUGCCACAGGUGCAGCUCAAGGUUUACAGUACUUGCAUGAUGAGGCAAAUCCUCCUGUUAUAUACCGCGAUUUUAAAUCCUCUAAUAUCUUAUUAGACGAGGAAUUCAAUCCAAGACUAUGUGAUUAUGGGCUUGCAAAGGUAGCCGAAUCAGGAAGUACAUCUAGUUUGCCUCCUAGGGUGAUGGGGACAUACGGGUAUAGUGCUCCGGAGUAUGCAAGUUCAGGGGAGCUCACAUUGAAGUCAGAUGUAUAUAGUUUUGGAGUUGUAUUGCUUGAGCUUAUCAGUGGUCGUCGUGCCAUUGAUCCAGAUCGACCACCAAAUGAACAAAAUCUAAUUACUUUGGCACAACCUAUAUUUAGGGAUCCAAGAAGAUUUUUUGAGAUGGCAGAUCCACUUCUGAUGUUGGAUUUUUCGGUGAAAAGUCUGAAUCAAGCAAUUGGGAUUGCAGCUAUGUGUCUUCAAGAGGAACCAACAGUCCGUCCCUUCAUCGGAGAUGUUGUUACUGCUCUUAGCUUUCUUGAUUUUACCGCAAAUGAUCCUCCAGCUUCAUUGCCUCCUUCAGGUAAAGAAUCUACAAAAGAUGCUGAUGAUGAUGACCAAUCAAAUAUUGAAAAAGAAAGAAGUUCCUCUAAUCAGAAUGCGGAAAAUGAUGAUGAUGAGAGUAGCAUUUCUUCCGAUGAUGAAGAAAAUGUUAAGAAUGAUAAUGAGGAUGACGAGUGUAGCAGCCCCUUAGAUCAUGAACCUAACAACAACAAAGAAUUGUGUGCUGAUAGAUCUUCAGAAGAUGAAAAGAUUAGAGAAAAUCGUGAUGAUCACGAGGCUAGUUUUUCGAGUGACAAUGUUAACAUGAAUGAAGUUCAUGAUGACAUGAGUGGUUAUUCAAUGGACGACGAUGACACUGCUCUUGUAAUUGAGCUUGACUAUAAAAACGGCUCAUCUGGCAUAUUUCUAGAUCAAGAGUAUGAUGACGAUGAUGAUGACGAUGACGAUGAAAUUGAUCCAAUUACGCGGACAGAAUCGAGCAAUUCAAAGAAAGGCAAGGUGGUGGAAAUAUCUGACGAUGAAAGUAUAUAUUCCCCAAGAUCAUCAGGAAGCAGCAGUAGCAGCAGCAUAGAUUAUAAAUUAGGAGAAAAAAAGACAACACAAAAGGCAAAGUCUACAAAGAAGACUAGUGUGGGUAAUUCCAGUAGAAAGAAAAGCGACAGGUGGAGGAGAGAAGAAUUAGUUUUGGAUCAUGAAACAGGAAAUUGAUAAACCUAUUUCUAAUACACAACAUUUUUGUAUAUUAUAUUAAUAGCUUCUCAUUUUUGCAUACUGAGAAACACAAAUGAUUACGAUUUAUGUGAAUGGACAAUGAGGCAAGAGAGGUAAGUUUCAUUUUUGUG